AUGGCCUCGACCGCCUUCGCAAAGCGCGACAGCGAUUCAAACUCAUUGCGUGCGAAGCAUAUCCGCGAGAAGAAGCCUUCGAAUGCAUUUGCGACUAAAGAUGAAGAGCAAGGGACAAGCCAGCCUCCAUAUUCGCCCAGCGGCAGCACACAUGAUGUCAAAAUCAUUGGUGAUAGCACGCAUCGAAUGUUGAAACCCAGACAUAUCCAGCUUAUUGGCAUUGGAGGCACUAUAGGGACCGCCCUAUUUGUCCAAAUCGGCCAGGGAUUGUUGAAUGGCGGUCCGGCAAGUCUGUUCAUAGCAUUCACGUUCUGGCAAGCAGAAAGAUCAGCUAGAAAACAUGUAACGCAAGAACGAGCACAGUCUCUUACCAAACGCAUCGCUGAGAUGGUGACCUAUCUGCCAAUAUCCUCGCCUUUUAUCCGUUUUGCUGGUCGCUAUGUUGACGAAGCAUUCGGUUUGGCAGCAGGCUACAACUUUUUCAUCUUUGAAGCAGCCUUGGUGCCGUUUGAGAUUGUCGCCUGCAAUUUGGUUAUACAUUACUGGAGCGACAUCAUUCCUGCGGGUGGGGUCAUCGCCAUCAUCAUAUUUCUCUAUGGGCUCAUCAACAUAUUUGCGGUGAAAUGGUACGGCGAAUCGGAAUUCUGGCUCGCGCUUGGCAAAGUUGUCCUCAUAGUUGGGCUGAUCAUGUACACCUUCAUCACUAUGCUAGGCGGGAAUCCGAUCGGAGAUCGGUAUGGCUUUCGCUUCUGGAGAGACCCAGGCUCCUUUGCGCCUCUGUAUAAAGAGGGCAGCUUAGGUCGAUUUCUCGGUUUCCUGCAGUGCCUUAUUCAAGCAUCUUUUACUAUAGCGGGACCUGACUAUGUUAGCAUGGCGGCCGGCGAAGCUGAGAAUCCUCGUAAAGUGAUGCCGAGUGCUUACAACAAGGUUUUCGGAAGAUUGACCGCCUUCUUCGUUCUCGGAAGCCUCGCCGUGGGGAUCAACGUCCCAUAUACGGAUUCGACAUUAAAGGAUGCCUUCAGCAACGACGCACCAGGCGCAGCCGCGAGUCCUUAUGUCGUAUCGAUGAAUCGACUGAAAGUUAAGGUUUUACCAGAUAUCGUCAACGCACUCGUGCUGAGCGCAGCAUUCUCGGCAGGGAACAGCUAUGUCUACUGCGCGAGUCGUAGUUUGUUUGGUCUUGCACUGGAAGGAAAGGCGCCGAAAAUCUUCACUCACUGUACCAAAAAUGGAGUUCCCGUAUAUUGUGUGGCACUUACGCUGGCCAUUUCACUACUGAGCUUCUUACAGGUCAGCAACAGUUCAGCCGUGGUGUUAUCGUGGUUCGUUUCGCUGGUGACCGCCUCGCAAUUGAUCAAUUUCUCUGUAAUUUCAUUUACUUGCAUUCGUUUCAUGAAGGCAUGUCAAGCUCAAGGGCUGUCACGGGACUCUCUACCUUACAAAGGUGUGCUGCAGCCCUAUGUAGCUUAUUUUGCUUUGACAGCCACCUUCAUCAUGACCUUUGUGGGGGGCUAUCCAGUGUUCCUGCCCGGCAAAUGGAAAGUCCCAACUUUUCUCUUCAGCUAUUUCUCCGUAGCUUUAUUUCCAGUGCUAUUCAUUGGCUGGAAGCUCUUGAAACGGACCAAAUGGAGAGCCUCUUCUGACGUCGAUCUACGACAAGACGUUCUCGAGAUUGAGGAAUAUACUCGAAACUAUAUUCCGAUACCACCGAA